AUGCUUAAGGAGCUUGAGAUGAAGCGACGCGCGCGCGCGCUCGCGGUGCCUACUAGCGACACGGACGUGCGGUUGCGACUCCGCGCGAUCGGCGAGCCAAUCACGCUCUUCGGCGAGCGCGAAAUGGAGCGGCGCGAUCGACUUAGGUCUAUAAUGGCUAAGUUAGACGCCGAGGGGCGCCUUGACGAGCUUUACGAGGCGAUCGAGCGGCAAAUGCGGGAGAGCGGGGAAGGCGGCGCGGAGGUUCUAGAAACGGAGGAGGUUCCUCAAGCGGAGUUGUUUUAUACCGAGGGGAGUAAGGAGCUGCUAUUGGCGCGGCAGGAGAUUGCGGUGUUUUCGCUGCCCCGGGCAGGUGAAAGGAUUCGGCGUGCGAAGCGGCGGCGCGAGGAUCCCGAUGAGGACGAGGAGGCGGAGGCAAAGGAAAUGAUUGGCGUGGUGCAAGGGAUGAGCAUGCAGGUAUCAGAGAUAGGAGACGAGCGCCCCAUCUCCGCCUGCGCGCUCUCCCCCGACGCCUCUCUCCUCGCCACCUCUGGCUGGAGCGGCGCCUGCCGCCUCUGGUCGCUGCCAGCUGUGCGGGCGGCAGGCGCGCUGCGCGGCCACUCAGAGCGCGCCACGUGUGUGGCCUGGCACCCCCACGCGCUCUCCUCGCUCCCUGCCUCCGGUCCCAACAUUGCCACGGCCGGUGCUGACAGGUGCGCCCUGCUCUGGUCGCUCCCGUGGGCAGCAUCAACCCCACCCGACGCCAACGGCCAAUCCUACACCCCCUCCUCCCUCCCCCAAUCCGAUGGCCCGGAUUCCUCCUCCCGCCCCGCACCCCCCUUCUCCUCCUCCUCCCCCACUCUCUCCACCCCUCUCCUCCGCCUUUCCGGCCACUUAGACCGAAUCGCGCGAGUGGCCUUCCACCCGUCCGGAAGGUUCCUGGCAAGUACGAGUUUCGACAAGACGUGGCGUUUGUGGGACGUGGAGCGGGGAGGGGUGGAGUUAUUGCUGCAGGAGGGGCACAGCCGGGCUGUGUACGGUGUCUCUUUCCAAAAGGACGGCGCGCUCGUUGCCACGUGCGGGCUGGAUGCUCUGUGCCGGGUGUGGGACCUGCGGACGGGGAGGAGUAUCCUUGCAUUGGAGGGGCAUGUGAAGCCGCUCCUGGCAUGCGACUUUUCCCCCAACGGAUAUCACUUAGCAACAGGAGGCGAGGACCACACAUGCCGCGUGUGGGACCUGAGGAGAUGCAGGAAGGGCGCGGGAGGGGGAGGGGGAGCAGGGGGGGCGGAGGGGAGUGGUGGCAGCCUGUAUGUGAUCCCGGCUCACACACGGCUGGUGUCAGUGGUGCGAUAUGAACCGAGGGAGGGAAUGCUGCUGCUCACCGCUGGCUAUGAUAACACUGCCAAGGUGCUGGGGCGGCGCUUCAAGCCGGUGAAGGUGCUGGCAGGGCAGAGUGGGGAGAUGAUUCUUGAGCGCAUUGAAACCCCUUCUCCCCCCCCCCCCCCUUCCCCCCUACCCCUUCCCUCUUUUUCCCCCUACCCCUCCCCUCUUUUUCCCCCUACCCCUCCCCUCUUCCCCCCUACCCCUCCCCUCUUCCCCCCUACCCCUCCCUUCUUUCCCCCUUCCCUUCUUCAACUUGCCACAGGGCGGGACUUCAAGCCGGUCAAGGUGCUGGCAGGGCACGAAGGCAAGGUCAUGGGGGCUGACGUGGCAGCAGGUGAGUGGAUGGUCGUGGGUGCUGACGUGGCAGCAGAUGCGUGGAUGUCAGCUGCAGUCCCUUUAUCUCCUCCUGGUCUCGAGAUGCCAGAAGGGAAGGUGGAGACAGCGAUCAACGAGAUAUUGAGCGGUGGUAGUUGGAGCAAGGACGAGGAAGAGCAACUGAGGAUUCACUUCAAGUCCCUCCCCCCUCGGUACGCAGCCAUGGGUUACUCUUCCGACGCAGUUAAGAGCCACAUGGCUUUGCUUAGGGAAGCAUCAGGCCUGAAGGAGGGGAUACCGGCAAUUCGACUGGACGUGAACAAUGGCGAGCUUGACGCUUUCAUGGAGGACGAGAGCGAAACGGACGAUUCCUUCUCAUCGGCCGGUGGUAUCUCGCUCUCGUCUUGCCUGGAGGAUUCGUUAUCGUCCAGCCGGACCGAGGUCACAUUCGCGUGCAGCAACCACGUCUGUCGCAGCAACAUCUCCUCGGCUUUUCACAGAUCUGGCAUUCGUGUUUUCGGAAUCUACACCUUCACUUCCAAGCAGAGUUCACAGUCCGGGAAGGACAUGCUGGAAGUGCUGCUGUGCGAGAAGGGAGCCAUGAAGAAGAAGCUUGGUAAUUUCAUCCUUGAUCCGCUUCGGCUGUCAAUGGGACCGGUGAUUGCUGUUGGAGCGUCAGGCGAAGUGAGGAAGGGGACGUACGAUGGAGAAACGGUCGCCGUUAAAGUGCUGAAAGGGGAGGGUAAAGACCCGUACGCGAAUGUUGCGGAGUUUCGCCGGGAGGUGGUAACCCUAAUGUCGUGCGGCCAGUGUCCGCAGCUACUGAAGUUCUUCGGCGUCUGUAUCGACUUUCGGCAACGGAUCUGCAUUGUUACAAAGUUCAUGGAGAGAGGGACUCUGAACGACCUGCUUAGGCGACGCCAGGGCAAGGGUUUGCCGCUCAGCGAUGCAGUGAGCAUCGCGCGCGACGUCGCACAAGCGAUGGCGUUUCUUCACAAGAACGGGAUGAUUCACCGCGAUUUGAAAUCGGCGAAUAUCCUCUUGGAUAAGGAGGGUCACGCUGUGGUGGGAGAUUUCGGCGUGGCGAGACUAAAAGGAGAGCGAGGGGAGAUGACCAAGGAAGUCGGAACCUACAGAUGGAUGGCUCCUGAAGCCUUCGGCACGAGUCCAUGGCCAGUUACUCAUAAGGCCGAUGUCUACAGUUUCGGAAUCGUUCUCUGGGAAGUUUUAACAGGGGGGGUGCCGUUUGCUGAUUAUUCCCCGCUACAAGCUGCUGUGGCUGUUGCUCUUAACGGAGCUCGUCCGAGUAUUCCGGCAUCGGUGCCGGAAUCGCUUCGCUCGCUGAUUGAACGGUGCUGGGACAAGACGCCCAAGGAAAGACCAGAGUUCAGCGAGAUUUUGUCCGAGCUUGACCGGAUUGCUAAGGAGAUUCAGCAGCAGUAA